AGGGAAAGAGAAGGGGCAGUAGAGGACCAAAAUAUAUUGGAGGGUGAAACAGUAGCAGAGCCGAGGAGGAGAUGAAAUCGAAGAAGCACUUCCUUAUCAGUUGAUCUUGUGGAGAGGGGGGUAAAUUCGUGCUGUGGUAGUGGGAGUGUCGCGCCUUCUAAUACGUUUUAAAUUAGGUAGUGUGGAUAACGCGGUCUCCGCUGUCUGUGUGUGCGCACGCGAGUGCCCUUGUGUGUGUGUGUGUGUGUGUGUGUGUGGAGGGGGGGGGGGGUAGUAGUUCGUAAUGACUUUUCAGCCUUGAUACAAUUAGGCUGUACAACUAAAGACGGACUGAUCCCUUGGCGCAUGAGAAGCUCGAGGGAAUGUGAAAGGGAAGGACAACAAUGCCAUGGACAGUGACAUGGGGAGAUCCCGUUGAGGGUGCACUUGUUUGGUCAAUUUCAUCAUAACGUAUUUAUCCAAUUUAUGAUGGGGUGGUUUGGAUUUUCCUGUUUGCUGUUCGGUGUGUUACUCCGGCCAAGCAACACACAAAACGUUGUGCCUGACGCAGCUCUGAACUGUUGUGAAGGGGACAUCCUGCUCCUGUUGGAUUCUUCAGGAAGUGUGUCAUCCUAUGAGUUCUCUCGCCUGCUGCGCUUCCUGUCUGAGCUGCUCCUCCCCUUCUCACUUGGGCAGGGCCAGGUAAGGGUGGGGUUGCUGCAGGUGGGCACUGAGCCACACCUGGAGUUUGGUCUGGACGCCCACAGCACCCAGCCUGGCCUACAGGGGGCACUGCAGAGGACCAGGCAGCUCCAGGGGGACACCAACACUGAGGCUGCCCUCAUACUGGCACAGGGGCUGCUAGCCAGGACUGGAGCUGGGGAUGAAACAAAGCUCCCUAAGGUGCUGGUGUGGCUAACGGAUGGGGUAGAGCCGGGCGUGGUGGAUGUACCAAUGGCAGAGCUGAGAACGGCGGGCGUGUCCGUGCUGGCUGUCUCUACAGGACACGGGAACUACCAGGUGCUGCGGAGGGUGGUGACCGCACCCAUCGAGUCCCACCUGUACUUUGUGGACAUCGAUGACAUCAGCAUCAUCACAGAGGACCUGAGGGAGGUCAUCAUUGAGCUGAUCUGUGCCAAGGGCCUGCGGGUGGUAGAGGUGUCCUCCCACAGUGCCGUGCUGCAGUGGCGUCCUGUCCUCAGCGCCAACACAGGCUUCUAUGAGGUCCACUAUAAUUCUAUGCUGCCAGGUGGCGGGGAGGGUCAGCCUAGUGGCGGGGCCAGCAGCGGGGUGCAGUACCACAGACGGACCCUCCCUGGGGAUGCCAGCUGGAUAAAGCUGAGUGGGCUGCAACCAGACACCAGCUACACUGCCUCCCUCACCCCAAAGUCCAACCAGGACUACCUCAACACCCUCAGUGCCAACUUCACCACACUGCCCGAGGUGUUGAGCCCAGCAGUGGUCACGGUGUCAGACUCAGGUCCUGACAGGGUGCGAGUGAGCUGGGGUCCUCUGCAGCCUGAGCAGGUCCAGAGGUACCAGAUAGAGUAUGGCGCUCUACCCAGUGGACAGGUCCACAUGGUUAUGCUACACGGACAUCAAAAUACCACUCUGCUCACUGGUCUAGAGCAAGAGACACAAUACCUGGUCACCAUCAGCGCCCUGUACUCCACUGGCAAAGAGAAGGCUUUGUCUGUCAAGGCCUGCACUCAGGAGGUGCUGCCUGCCCUGGCUGACCUCCAGCUGACCCCAGUGGGGCGAGAUGAGGUGCAGGUCCGGUGGCGAGGCCAUGAAGAGGGUCUGAGGGGGUACUGGCUCAGCUGGGAGAUGGGUGAGACAGAGAUCCCCUCCCGCCCUGCGUCCUCUUCCCUAUACCUGCUCCCUGGCUCCUUGUCCACGCUGCUCACACACCUGGCCCCCAGCAGCCGAGUGUGUGUGUCCCCUGUCUACCGCACGGCCCUGGGAGAGGGGCUCUGCUGCACCACACACACACAAACUGGUCUGACACUACGCACACAGACACACACACACACAGGUCUCCCAGCCUUAUAUUGGACUUGAACGAUUUAUUGAAUCGGCACAUUAUAGUCAUUGUAAUUUUAAGGUAGUAGUCGUCUUCGUAUGUCUAACUGCACUCUUGUGCAACAGGAAAGUAAUAACCCCUUUUUCUCUCUCUCCCUCUCUCUCACUUUGAUAGAGCAGUAUUUUGCGGUUAUCAAUGAGAUUUGCCUGCAGUCAGAGAGCUGAAGUGGAGGAAAUGUUUGAAAUUUGAUAUGCUUCAUUGCCACAUCAAUGCUGUGGUACAAUGGAGUCACAUCUCUAUGUUGCUUCAAACCACUUGAUUAUCCAGUAUUCACACCCCUUGACUUUUUCCACAUUUUGUUGUGUUACAGCCCAAAAUUAAAUGGAUUAAAUUUAGAUUUUUUGGUCACUGGCCUACAUACAAUACCACAUAAUGUUUUUCAACAUUUGUACAAAUAAUUUAAAAUGAAAAGCUGAAAUGUCUUGAGUCAAUAAGUACUACAAAGAUACAGGCGUCCUUCCUAACCAUUUGCCCGAGAGGAAGGAAACCGCUCAGGGAUUUCACCAUUAGGCCAAUGGUGACUUUAAAACAGUUACAGAGUUUAAGGACUGUGAGGAGACAACUGAGGAUGACUCAACAACAUUGUAGUUACUCCACAAUACUAACCUAAUUGAAAGAGUGAAAAGAAGGAAGCCUGUACAGAAUAAAACAUUUUCCAUAACAUGCAUCCUGUUUGCAAUAAGGCAUUAAAGUAAUACUGCAAGCAACUACAUUUUUGUCUGAAGACAAAGUGUUUUGUUUGCGGCAAAUCUAAUACAACACACUACUGACUACCACGCUCCAUAUUUUCAAGCAUAAUUGUGGUGGCUGCAUCAUGUUAUGGGUAUGCUUGUAAUCGUUAAGGACUGGGGGAUUUUUCAGGAUAAAAAAUAAACGUAAUGGAGCUAAGCACAGGCAGAAUCCUUUGUCAGUCUGCUUUCCACUGGACACAGUGAGAGGAAUUCACCUUUCAGCAGGACAAUAACCUAAAACACAAAUCCAAAUCUACACUGGAGUUGCUUACCAAGAAGACAGUGAAUGGCUGAGUUACAGUUUUGACUUAAAUCUAUUUGAAAAUCUAUGGCAAGACCUGAAAAUGGUUGCCUAGCAAUGAUUAAGAACCAAUUUAACAAAGCAUGAAAACAUUUAAAAAUAAUAUUUUUGUAUUUCAUUUUCGAAAAUGUCUAAAAAGAUGUUUUCACUUUGUUAUUAUGGGGCAUUGCAUGUACACAAUGCAUUUAAGCCAUUUAGAAUUCAAGCUGUAACACAACAAAAUGUGUAAUAAGUAGAGGUAUGAAUACUUUCUGAAGGCCAUGUAAGUGGAUUAUGUUGUCAUUUCAUAAGGAAGAGAGGUCCUGGGUCAUCUGGGUCAAGAUAAAGAAGUGCAGCUUCAGCAUAGAGCUGUUGUGAUCCAAAUGGAUGGAUUCCAUUUCUCUGACUCCAAUGAGAAGGAUUGCCACUGAUGGGGGAUAGGUGGAUGAGGAUGAAGAGAAAGAAGGGUGGAUAGAGAGGAACAAAGAAGACAUAGAACCUAACUUUCUUGAAUAACCGUAUCUUCUCUCCCAUCAUCCAUGUGGGCAUGCUCUAACACAUAGGCAUUUUAACUAUUUCUGAUAAAAAAAUAUAACUAUAUUCACUUCAUAAAAUCAAAAUGUACUUGUAUGCUUUCUCACAUAUUGUUUAUAUUCAGUUUUGAGUUUAGCUUCCAAUAAUAGGCUGCAGUCAACAUAUGAACCCAUCAGCCUGGCUUUUGUGAACUUGCUUGUGAAGAUCGCCAUCUAGUGGGACACAUCUUUUACCACAGGCUGUGACAAUCAGGCCUAUGUUCAACUUUUUCAACUCUUUCUCUGCUGCACAGUACACUCCUAAGUGUGAAUAUAAUGCAAAAAACGAAGUCCAUUUUCCAAUUGAACCGCAAUGCAUUGGUCUCAUAUAGAGGGUAGAUAAAUUGCAAUAUCUGAAAACAGGAAAACAUUUCCUCUCACGUCUCAUCUUCUGGGUCGUUCCAUGUCAUUUCAGCAAGCCAUGACACAAACCAUCUCAGAUUGUUCCGAAAUAGUUUCUGUAUUAAAAAGAUACAGAUUAGAUAAGCAUUCCAGCAACAAUAUUUUGUUGAAAUAUAAUUUGAGCUCUGAGAAAUUAAACUAAUUGAUUGCAUCCAAAUUGGCCAUUUAAAUGUAUAGGAUCCAUAUAAUAUUUAAUAAAUAUAGUACCUAACAUCCAAAACUUUUUUUUAACAAUGAGUAAAACACGAGGAAUCCAAAUAUAUGCUCAAAAGUCACCCACAGACUCCCCACACCCCACGACAAUCCAGAGAAGGCUGGUGGAAGGAGCCAUAGGAGCACGGACUCAUUGUAAUGGCCGGGAUGGAAUCAAUGGAACGGAGUCCAACCGGUUGUUUCCAUGUGUUUGGUACCAUUCCAUUCCAGCCAUUAUAAUGAGCCCUACCUUCUAUAUCUCCUCCCACCAGCCUCCUCUGCGCCAAUCUCACCUCCAACAACUCUAUGCAGCCUCAAUGUUAAUAAAGGGACAAACUGACGUAUUGGUUUCCUUACCCUGUAAGCAGUUUAUGGACAAGGUAUGACAGCAACCGAUGCUUUGGUUUUGUUUACCGAGCCACUGUUUCUUUUUAGCAUUUGUGGCAUAUAUCCAAUGCAAGUCAACGGUACCUCAACGACUUCAAUUAUUGAUUUCUAUAAACGGGGGACAUCACCAAAUUCACUGAGAAUGCAUUGCAUAGGAUAAAGAAACAAUAAUCCGAGCCGCAGCUCCAUACUACUUUUCAGACAGAACUGAUAAUAUAUACUUGUUUUUGGUGUGGGGGUGUCCGUGGGUUGCUUUUUAGAUUCGUCAUGUGUAUUUCAUUGAUAGUAAACUAUUUGGUGGAAAUCGGAUUUGAAGUACUAUAUUUAUUGAAUAUUAUACGAAUCUUAUACAUUUAAAUGGCCAAUUUGGGUGUAAUCAAUUAGAUGCAUUUCUCAGAGAUCAACUAAAUAAUUUUGCAGGAUUGCUAGUCUAAUCUUUUUCUAUCUACAGAAAUGAUUUAAAUACAAUCUGAGAUGGUGGGUGUCGAAAUACUUUUUCAAGUGGAACGACCCUUGUAUUCUAUGUACUCAAUGUUAAUAUCAUAUGAGGUAAUAAAACGAGUGUAAAUUGCU